GGGAGUGGAAAGACACGCUUGUGUUUUGUUUUGCAACUCCUGCGUCUGACCGACAUUCUUCCAUGAAUCAACACCAGACAAACCUACAGAUUGAACAGACCACCACAACCCCCGAAGAGCUAUCAAAGACAGCUUUCUUAACUCACAGUAAAUGCAAGCGAAAAAGAUUUCAUGAGAUGACAUUUCGUCCUUGGAAGACUCAACUGAAGGGCCAUCAUCACACAGACCCUCAAGAGGAGAGACAGGGAGGGAAGAAAUAUUUCUAACUCCAUAGAUGGCCAAUCGGUCCAACAUGAGCAUCCCGACUAGUUUCCAGGGACCGAGGGUCAAUGUCGACAGAGGAGACAAGAUUGGAAACAAAACGCAGAUCCAGUUCCCCCAGGCUGGGGAUGAUAAUGCCAAUCGAUUAUCUUCAAUCGGUGGUCAAGAAGGAAGAGGACUGAUAGAGGACACGAGGUACAGCACAACUUCCAUUCCUCCUUUGGUCUCUAAAAGGGAAUCCCCUGAGAAGUUAGUGAUCUGGGGAUCUGAGCAGCAGUGCAUGGAGUUUUUGGAGUGUGAGGAGAUACAUGCAUUCUUGGAAGACAGGGAUCAGGAGGAGGAGAAUGAGGAGGAAGACGAUGGAGGGAGUAUGAGAGAUGGAAAAGACGACGGUGCCAUGUCCAUAUCCUCCAGUUCAACUGCCAGCUCUGCUUCGAUCGGCGUGAGAAGAAAUGACAACGACAGCAACAAAGUGGAGAGCAGGAUACAGAGGGGCAAAGAGGUGCAGAAAAGGAUUGCCUGUCAUAGCACUGAAGAGCUUGACACAUGUGUGACAGGCUCCAUAGAGAAAAGGGACACCAGGUCAGGCAGGGAGAGGCGGAAGGGAGGUCUGAAGGAGUCAAAGUCUGAGACAAAUGUGUUUGUCUCCAGUUUGUCAGCUGUUUCCCUCGGCGGGAGCUUGUCCAGUGCUCUGGAUGGCAGCGGAGAAGCACAGUCUCCAAUCUGUCUAUCCAACUCCAAGACCCACCCUUAUCCAAAUGCUAACAACACUACCUCAGGCCAGACCAGGAGAAGGGCAGUCUCUGUAGAUGCCAACCAGAACUCUGCAUCAUCGCAUCCUCAGGAGAUACAUGACCAUCCUCAGUUCUGCAGCCAGGAUCAGAGACAGAGGGAGGGAAGCCAUCAUAGAAAUGGAUUGUCCUCGGAUGUGGGGCUGGGCCAAAGGAGGAAGGCUGGAUUUGAGGAGAGGGUUUUGCCACCGCGACGACAACAGCUCGUCAGACCCCUCUGUCAGACAGAGAUGGGAAGAGCGAGGUGUUUAGCAGAGCCCAGUGCUCAUCAAGCUGAGAUGGGGCAACCUGCUUCUCCCGACCACACCCCAGAUUCAUACAGUAACGGGUCAAACAGAAAGUUUACAAAAACAUCUUUACGUGAACCAUCAGAUUUCUCCCACCUGUACAGCACAUCUGCAGUCCCCCAGCCCAGGCAGCCCAACCCGGCAGCCCAGAGGGAGGCUCCACCUGUGGAGACACAGCCGGCUUCAGCCCAGCGGCGUAGUUCCAGUCCAUCUAUCCCUUCCACCUUAGAGAAGAGACCUCAGACCCAGCUCACAUACAGAAGGAAUUGCUCCAGUCCCAACAGGACCGGGGUUGAAUCCAGGUCAUCUACCCCUCCCCACUCCCCUCUCAGGACACCCCAGGGCUCACCACGCAGGCAACCCUCCAUGUACCUCGUUUCCAGGAAUGUCUCUGGAGUGGUUAAACACAUCCCGUCAGGAUGCAACCCUGCUGUAACAACGUCGGCUCAGGGCUAUGGCAACAGUUGCUUGAGAGCACCAGUCAAAACUAAUAUAAGCACAAGCGGAAUCCCCAAAGCGCCUCUAAACAGCCAGCAGAGCUCUCCCCAAUCCAACCACAGCUCCAGCCCCAAAGAGAGCUCUCCAUCGCCGAAACUUAAACCUAAAGGGGUUCGGCCUAAAAUCAUUACCUACGUCCGAAAGAAUCCUCAGUUUAAGCCCCAAGCUGCUGACGGACCUUAUCAGGUAUCCUCUCUACCGUCCAGGCUUUCUGCAUACGCACACGGCCAAGCAGCCACCUCCUUCAAAGGCACCCCUAAAGACCCCUCCAAGCCUGACGCAGAAACCAGAGGAGCCCCGGUGCUCGUUGCCUCCAAUCUGCUCUAUGACAAGUACCGUCAAGAGAUGCAGACGACGAACAUCUUCCCAUCAGGUGUGCUGAGCAGGAGUAUCAGGCCCCCCGGGCACACAAACACUGUCCCGCCCACACACACACACAGCCAUACAGCACCACCCAAGCUGGGCAGCAAAGCAGACAACUUCUACGGGCCGCCGUCAGAAGUGGGAAGAUCUGCCGGUUUUAAAGGGAGUUCUCCUGAGGACGCGCUGCAGCAUCGGGCGGCUGCUCAGGCUGGAGGGAGCGGCAGCCUCCUGCGCUCUGGCAGAGGUCUGCGUCUGGGCCUGGGAGCUGUCACCAGGACGGCUACGGGCUCAGCCAAGGGCAGAGGACCCUGUCAGGGUCAGAGGUCAACGCUGGUCUUCAGCCAGCCUGUCCAGCCUGUCAGCCCAGCGACCAGUCAGAAAGAUAACACAGAUGACCAGGUUUUCACCCAACAUGCUGCUGCUCCUGCUCCUGCUCCUGCUCCUGCUCCUGCUCCAGCUCCUGCUCCAGCUCCUGCUCCUGCUCCGGCGUCAGCAGCAGCCCAGCCCCUGGCCGCGGCGUCCAGGUCUAUGCUUCCCAAGGCCAGCCAGUCGGGCCUGCGUCCCCCAGGCUUCAGCUCCAGCCGCCUCCCCGCGGGCCGCCUGGCGGCCUUCGGCUUUGUCAGGAGCUCCAGCGUGUCCUCCGUCUCGUCGGCUCACUCUGCCGACAGCACGCAGAGUGACCCCUGCAGGACAGCUCACCGUCUGAGUGUGAGUGAGGAGCCUCCUCUUCACAGAGUGACCACCAGCCCUCCAUCAACAGAUCACCAGAGAAGCGCACCAUGCCGCAGCAACAGUCUCCAGCCACCAUCCACCCCGGCUCUGCCCCGACGCUACCUGCCCCCCCAGCCAAGAAGCUCCCCUGGAGUGGGCAGGAAGGAGUUUCAGCGGAGUUCAGAGGUCACACGUUCCCUCCCGUCCUCCCCGAAGAGGCUGGCUGUGGUUCCUCCUAAACCUCAGUCCCCUGUCCAGUCUGUGCAGCGGCCCGCAGCGGCAGUGCGAGGGUCGGCUCCCCCGGGGUCCCCUCGCCGCGUGGCCCCACUCAGGCUGCAGCAGGAACAGCAGGAGAGCCUGCAGAGAGAGAAAGAGGAGGCUCAACAGAAAGAGAGAGAAAGGCAAGCAGAGGAGAGAGAAAAAGAGGAGCAAAGGGAGGAGGUUCAGAGGCUGCAGGGACGCUGUGAGCAGCAAGAAAGGCAAAUGAGAGUGCUAACAGAGGAACUGAGGAAGACCUCCUUAGGCCUAGAAGCCUUCAUCAUCACCACUCAGCAUUACUGCCUCAAGAAUAAAACUACAGAAGAAAAUCAAAGGAAAUUGUCCGUGGAAAUGCAAAAGAUCAGAGAGGAAAUGGCAUCUAACUCAGCCCGUUGGGAGAGACUCCAGCGGGAAAAGACAGUUCUGGAGGUGGCGUUUGAGCGAGAGUUGCAGGAGCUGCAGCUGCAGCAGGAGGCAGAGCUGGCUGCUGUGGAGGAGGGGCUUAGAAAGUGUCACUCAGCAGAGACAGAACACUUGAAGGUGGAGCAUCAGUCAGAGAUGGAGGAGCUUAGGACCCAGCAACAGGAGCAGGUGGAGGAGAUGACAGUCAACCACCAGGCAGCCAUUCAGGAGCUCAGAGACAUGCAUAACAUCACCAUGGCAACACUGCAUGAGGAGCACGCCCGUACCAUGAGAGACUUAAGGAAAGCUCAUGAGCAACAGAAGAUGCUUCUAGAGGAGGAUUUUGAGAAACUCAGGCUUUCUCUACAGGAUCAAGUGGAUACUCUUACAUUUCAAAAUCAGAGUCUGAGGGACAAAGCCAAACGUUUUGAGGAAGCUUUGAGGAGGAGUACAGACGAACAGAUAGUUGAUGCUUUAGCUCCGUACCAGCACAUUGAGCAAGAUCUGAAGAGCCUGAAGGAGGUUGUAGAAAUGAAGAACCAGCAGAUACACCAACAAGAGAAGAAGAUAACCGACCUGGAGAGAGUGCAGGCCCAAAAGAACGUGUUCCUCGAGGAGAGGGUCCAGGUUCUGCAGCAGCAGAAUGAAGAUCUGAAGACCCGUAUAGAAAUGAACCUAGCCCUCUCCAGGCAACUAUCAGAGGAGAACGCCAACCUCCAGGAUUCUGUGGAGAAGGAGAGCACCGAGAAGAAGCGUCUGAGUCGGAACAACGAGGAGCUGCUUUGGCGUCUCCAGACCAGUCCCCUCAUGUCCCCCGCCUCCUCCCCGCUGCACCGCUCCUUCUCCACCUCCCCCGUCCCCUCAUCCCCAUUCUUCUCCUCCUCACCUGUAACAGGGUGCGACUCCCCCACUCACUGCUGCGGCUGUUCCCAGCAAGUUCAGUACUCCUCCCCCUCCCACAGAGCCACCGCCAAUCAAAAUCUCUCCCCGGGGCCUGCCACACCCACUCACAGGGCAGCAAGCAAUCAGAAUUACUCCCCCGGCCCGGCCACGCCCACACACAGAGCAUCGGUCAACCGCUGUAACUCACCCGCUAGUCUCAACUCUUUACAGAGAUAGACUCGCAUCUUUCUCCCUCCAGUUUCUUACAUGGCUCAUUCUCUUUCAUUCCCUUCAUUCUCGCGUCUCCUCCCCCCUUUUUUGAAUGUGAAUGGAAUUGUAAUACAUGUUGGAGAAGAACAAUGACUGUGGUCUAGAGUCAUCACAGGAUAAACUGGACAGACAGUGUCAAAGCACAGAGGUUACAACGCCUCUACAGCUGGUGGUGUCCAUCAUGCAUCUACUUUAUACAGAGAGAUACGGUGAAUACUGUAAUUGGGAAAACUGAUGCCAGUGACUGCAGCUCAGUUCUUUAUUCCAACUUGUAUUAAUGCAGAGUCUUGAAACGUAGACUGUAUAUACUGUAUGAUAGUGACACAGAUAGUAGUUAAACCUCCCCUGCAUGGGUAGUCAUGAGUCCCACAUAGACAGAAACAGACAGAAAGUAGCACACUCUUGUCACCAGAAUACAAUAGUCGUCCUUGAUAAAAUAAGCUAUAUUCUUUCUCAUUGAGAUUUGUUCUCAUAGUCAGUUCCGUUUUAAACAAUGAAUUGCAAUUGAACUGAAUCAGUUUUCUGCUGAAAUGUUUUUGUUUUGUUUUUUUCAUCUGGAAAAAUCCCCAACAAAGCGCCUUAUACUUGGUCCUGCCGUCUCACCAGCAGAGAAUGACCAGCAUUUUAUUUGAUGAAAAGGACUUUGCAUAAAGAAUUGGUUUGUAAAUCACAGCAAAUCAUGUUUCUCAGCCUCUCCAAGGUGUAUUUAACGUUUUGUAAUGAGUGCAGUGCUGAUAUUUUACUUGUGUGGGACGACCCUCCCUGGAACCCCAGCCAUUUUACCUGCAAAAUACACAGGACUUUAUAUUCAAAGUCUUUUAAAAAAAAAAACCUUGCCAGGUCUUCCUACAGCUUCUCGCCACAUGAGCUACUCUUCACUUUCGGGAUCCCUCAGGUCAACUCGCAAAAACUACGUCUGCCAUUUUAUAUUUACCUCAGCGGGAAUGUGCAGUCACGACAACAACACAACAACAACAAAAACACACAGCAACCAGGGAGCUCAGAGCUAAAGGGGAAACCUAGCACAGGAAUCACUGUUUUAAAGAUUGUUGUAGAUUUCUUUAUAAUGUGAUGUUUAUAUCUAAUUUAUUUGUUACAUGUAUUUUGCUACUUAAGCAAGCAUGUACUGUGAAAGUCUUCCAGUCUUAACGUGAAACUUAUUAUUGCUGUGAUCGGUCUAUUUAUUAAGCUUGAGGUGUGAAGGAAAUGAAUGAGGUUUGUAACUUUGAAGAUAUCACCUAUGGGACACAAGUGGUGGUUUGGCUUGUUGUCAUCACAUUCAUAGGUGGUGUUCAGGGGACAGUCGUAUGAUAUGAUAUGAGUCUAUAAGCUAUGUAGAUUUAAAAAAAAAAAAAAAAAAAAAAGAAGAAAAACACAGGUUAUCCCUCUGUUUACCUCUUUGUGAUGUACUAGAUUAGUGUAGCCCUUUCUGAACCUGUGUGAACCUCCUCAUAACCUCUGGUUAACCCCUUCCGGUUUGUUUAUCUGUAUGACACUUUUUAUUCUUUGAUUAUUAUGUUCUAAACUUGUUGCAAACUACACUGAAAUCUCAGUGUGCAAGACUAUAUUGUUCAGGGAAUUAUUUUCUAAAUUUAGAUUAGAAAUGCUUUCAAUUUUCUUUUGUAUAGCUUCUUUACAGAACAUUAUAGACAAGAUAUUUCCCAAGAUAAUUUUCCACUUAUAUAAAAUACAACAGAGAAACCAACCUUUGGUGUAUGAAAAUAAGAACUAUUUUAUAGCAUACAGUAUGUCAUAGCUGCCUCCUGUACUGUUCUCUACUGACUAACUUACCCUCAGGGUCCUAAUCUUUCAUCUGGCUUUGAAUAAGUCAACACUGAAACGACAGUAUCAUACACGACAGUAUUAUUCGGUGAUUUAUUCACACUAAGCGAAAGCUGUUCAGACUACACAUGAAAAUGAGCUGCUGUAAAUGAACAAGGCCAGUGAGAAGGGAUGAGGGUAAAUAUGUGUUGGUAUUUAUAGACAAAUUGCUAAUGGGAGCAUGGGUUAGGGGUAGCAACUAAUUGAUAUUGUUAAAAGUUAAGUAGUUGUAUGGGGGGUGUGAAGGAUGACAUUUCUGGGUUGUCAGUUUUUGAGUAAAAGACCUUUAAGUGGAUCUUUCAUUGCUAUACCAGCACUUUUGAUGGUCGUGGAAAAGUGAAAAAUGAUUCUUUUCAUGGCUCUUCAAAUUUUUUUGUAUGAUACAUACACAGGGUUAAAUGCUCUUAAAACAAAAGAAUGUCAACAACAGCAUAGGAUUUGAGAAAUGUAUCUCAAUUCUCACCAAUUUUAUACCGACGCUGACGAUUUUGAGAAUGUCUUUGCAUAACAAGCAAUUGUAAGAAUAUACCAGUCAGAAAGUCACUGUGUUUUCAAAUGUUUAGGAUUGUAGUUCACCUACGUCAUUGAAUGAUUCUUCAGGGUCCUCCUAAAGGUCAAUUCAGGUGCAAAAAAUACAGUCUACAAGGAUGCAACAGAAUGAAUGUUUACAAAUGACAGCAUAAAGUUACCGACUUCAUCUUAAAUUGAUAUUUCACCUUUGAAUGGACAAUGAUUUCUAAACAAUGAACUGGUAUUGUAAUGACCCCUCAAUGUGUCCUGUGGACAUCUGUGUCUCGCUAUGCGCUGAAUGUCAAAAAAUGUAAUGACUGCAUUUUAUACCAGUCAUUCAUGUGAUUUUCUUUAAUAUAGAAGGGCCUCUUGUCUGACCACUAUGUAGCAGCCAUUUAAUAUGUAGCACUUGGUUGAGCCUCCCCUCAAGAAACAUGGGUAAUUUAUUAGAAAUUCAAACGUCCAUGUUGAUAUUUAAAUGCUGUUGUAGCAAAUGUUUCCAUGGUUUGUCAAGUUUCAGCACUAGAAUUUAAAUUUGUGGAGGUAAGCUAUACAAUUACCCCCCCCCUGUGUGGAUUUGCUCCAGAGACAAAGUUUACUGAAUUUGUUCAGGCACUGAUUGUAUGUUUGAAUGUAAAUAUAUUUACGACAUGAGCUGUCUUAGUGCAACCAAGAAAGUAAUAGAAGCAUGUUUUUUCUGUCUUUGCUGUUUCUCGCUCUCCCUUUCUCUUCUUUUACCUCUCUGCAUUUGUGAUGGUCAAAAUGUAACUGUAGCGUACAGUAGGAGGCCUAGAGGACGAGGAAUGAGAUAUUUCAACAUGUAAUGUAUACGCAGUAUGUUGAUGAUUUAUUUGUACUUUUUGGGGAGAACACAGUAUUAAAAAUGUUUAAGAAAAGUCGUGGGAUUUAUUGUAUUGUAUUAUAUUCAGGAUUCACAUUCACAAUCGCUUUGAUGCCUUACUAUACAAUGACUUUUUUAGGCCUCAUUAUACUAUGACAUUUUUAUGUCUUUA